AAAAACAACACAGCUCAACGCUGUGUCCUCCCCCUCCUUCGGCAUUUACGAAGCUGCCCAACACCAACUCUCCAACAAACCAAGACUUCGAUUUCAUCGAAACCCACACACAAAAACAGACACUCACAUUUCAUAUAAACACACCACCAAAACCUUGCUCUUCUCUCCCAAAACACUGCCGCAGAGGUCAAAGAGUUUGUUUCGGUUUCUGGUGAUUUGCAUCUAAAAUGGCCACGACUACAACUCCUGGAUCCCACAUGGCAGCAGUUAAGCCUUGCAUAUCCUCCUCUCGAAGAACUUAUAUGUCAGGCACAGCAAAUUUUGGUACAAACAGUGAAGUGGGAGUUUGGAGAAGGCUUAAAAGUUCUUCUCACAUCUCAGCAACGCAGCCAUUCUUCCAGAGCUUCAAAUCAGGGCCUACGAAAUCUGUAAAGGCUGUCACCAGAGCAAUGUCAGGAGCAGCUGAGAACAGUCCAUUGCCAGGAUUGCCUAUUGAUUUGAGAGGAAAGAGAGCAUUCAUUGCUGGAGUGGCUGAUGAUCAUGGAUAUGGAUGGGCAAUAGCAAAAUCUCUUGCUGCUGCUGGGGCUGAAAUUCUAGUUGGUACAUGGGUGCCGGCACUUAACAUUUUCGAAUCCAGUUUAAGGCGUGGGAAGUUUGAUGAGUCGCGCAAAUUGCCAGAUGGCUCUUUAAUGGAAAUUACCAAGGUUUACCCAUUGGACGCAGUUUAUGACGAUCCUGAGGAUGUCCCUGAGGAUGUAAAAUCCAACAAGCGCUACUUGGGGUCCUCUAAUUGGACUGUGAAGGAGGUUGUUGAAUCUGUAAAACAGGAUUUUGGCAGCAUUGAUAUCCUUGUCCACUCACUUGCUAAUGGACCAGAGGUUACUAAACCUCUUUUGGAGACAUCAAGAUAUGGGUAUCUUGCAGCAAUCUCUGCAUCGAGUUACUCAUAUGUUUCUUUACUCAAGCACUUUGCUCCAAUAAUUAACCCAGGUGGUGCUUCAAUCUCUCUAACAUACAUUGCUUCAGAAAGGAUCAUUCCAGGAUAUGGUGGAGGCAUGAGUUCAGCGAAGGCUGCUCUAGAGAGUGACACACGCGUGCUGGCCUUCGAAGCUGGAAGAAAACACAACAUUAGAGUCAACACAAUAUCUGCAGGACCAUUAAGAAGUCGUGCGGCGAAAGCAAUUGGGUUCAUAGAUAUGAUGAUUGAUUACUCAUCGGAAAAUGCACCCUUGCAGAAAGAAUUAUCUGCUGAGGAAGUGGGGAACGCUGCUGCCUUCCUGUCAUCACCAUUGGCAUCAGCCAUCACUGGUACCGUUCUAUACGUUGACAAUGGUCUAAAUGCAAUGGGAGUGGGAGUUGACAGCCCAGUUUUUGAAAACCUUGAUAUUCCAAAAGCAGCAAAGUAGCGCUGUGCUAAUGCUAUAGCAGUCAAAAAACAACAUGGAUCUUAUUCAUGCUUUCUAUUGAAGAAUUGAGGGUAGGUCGUUUUAGUUGGAAUCCAUUUUUGUUGUUGACAUUAUCAUGUAUGCUGUGUCCAAAAUAACGUUGUAAUUGGUGUAAUUGU